AUGAAGUUUUCGACCGUCUUCGUGGCUGCCUUUGCGGCUGUUUCUCAGGCCUUGCCCACCGAGCCUGAUGUCGACGAAGAUUCUUUUGCGCUCAUUGAAGAGAGGGGCACCACCACCACAAACUGGCUCGACUGCUCUGGAUACCCAAACAAGGAUGACUGUCUAUUGGCGAAGUGCAUGAAGCUCAACCGCGACCAUUCUUGUGACAGUCCCAAUGCCAAUCCCAAGAUUUGCCUUGAAGAUGUUAAAGGAUGGUGUCAAGACCACCUCGAGAAGGAGAAACUCGCGCAGCAGCAACGCCAAAAGGAGGACGACGACGACGAUGAGGACAACGACGGGAAGCAGAGCAACGACGCCGCGAAGAAGAACAGCGCCGCGAAGCAGAACAGCGCCGCGAAGAACAGCGGCUUGAAGAACAGCGGCGUGAAGAAGAACGGCGUGAAGAAGAACGGCGGCGCCAAUUCGCACCGCGUCGUCAAGAAAAAAACCGCGAAGCUGAACCGCGUCCAGUAA